AUGCCAGGCCCGACAUAUCAGAGUCGGAGUCAUUCCAGCGCAACUACAAGCAGCGAUGCGUCGGAGCACUCGAAAAGCACGGCGCCCACCGUCUACAGCCACCGGCCUGUUGUCAAACAGGAAGAGGAAGAAGACUCAUCGCCCUUUUCUUCGGCCGACGCGCGCAGCUCCAGCGCGACGUACGCCUCGACCGUGUCGUCCAGCGACGAUCUGCCCAAGCAGCCCCGGUACGAGGUUGCUGCUGUCGCGGACCGACAGGAAGUGUUUCCCAGCAGCGCAAUCCCCUCAAACCCAGCGAGCUUUGCAGAUUUGUUCCCCUCGGCGCGCCGCCUGCUCAUCCGCCAUGACGACUCGACGCUGGACGGCAACAUGAAUCUGCGGGUUGACACGAUGCUGAUGCGCGGUGACCGCAUGCAGCAGCAGAAAGAAGUCACCCUGUUCCAUCUGCGAAUGCACGACCUGCGCAGCCGCGUCUUCUCGCUGCGCCGCUAUUGCCGAGACUCGGGUCGCGAGGUGUGUCAUUGCCGGCGACUGAGCCAACCGGCGCCCUCGCUGGUGCCCGUUCUUCGCCGGUCGUGGAGUGUGCUGUCUGGUCUGCGGCCUGGUUCUAGUGGUGGUAAAGGGUCUGUCUUUAAUCGGUACUCCUUGGCUGCGGACGAGGACGCUGCCAAUGACGAAAACAACGACGGGAUCAACAAGUCCGAAACGCUGUCCAACACCAUGCUCCUCGAGUUCUCCAACUAUGCCCGCGUCGAGCUGAGCCGGACCGGUGUGAGCCCGCUAAAACGCUACGAGUUUGAAUACUGGCGCACCAGAUACCAAUGGCGGCGCGAGAGCCGCAGAGAGGGUGACUAUAAAGAAAUCUCGUACCACCUGGUCAACCUCGACACGGCCAAGGUGGUCGCGCAUAUUGUUCCGGAGGUGUUGACGCCGACGGAGAUGGUCGAGGAGGAAAGCAAGGGAGGAUGGGUUCCACCGUGCUCGUUGUGGAUUAGUGAUGCGUCGGCGUAUGAGAAGAUGCACGAUAUUGCCGAUGUGAUUCUGGCUACGGGCAUCAUCGCAUUAGCCGACGACAGCAUCCGACGACGGUGGCACAGCAAGCGCCAUCUCAUUCUGAAUCUUGCCAAAAAGCCGUCGUUUAUGCGCAACAUGGACCUAGACUCACUCGGCGCGAGACGGUUUAUUGACGAGAUGUUUCACCGCCGCGGGUCGGCGAGUUGA